AUGUAUAAGACGGCGGCGGCUCGGCAUAUUUUUGCCGAGCUCCACGUUCCCCCAACACCUGAAUGGGAGGCCAAGAAGUAAGUCCAUUUGAUAUUGUUCUAGCCUUAUCAUUGUUUGCGCGCGCUUUUUGGCAGGUUUAAAUCCGCGAAAAUUUGGAUUUUUUUCUCGAAAAUCCCGAGUCUUUUUGAAGGGAAUUAGGAGAAAAUGGUACUGAAUUUGAUUCUUCAAUGUUUUUACUAGCUUAUUAUAAUUUUGUUUUGUUUUACUUUUAACUCUUUUUAUUAAUUUUUAAGUUAAAACUGGCAGAGGGUCAGAUUUUGAAUUUUUUUGAUGGAUAACAUAUAAAAAUUAAGUAAAGCUAUGUUUAUUUCAAUAUCACUUGAACUUUUCAUUUAUAAAAAUGUUAAAAUAAAUUUCUCUUGCUUUUAAAGGUACAAUUUUUGUAAUAUUCACUUGAUUUACUUUCGUUUUUGAUCGUGUUCUUCAAAUUUACAAGUUUUUGCAGAGGUGGUUCAAGGUUUUGGUUGAUUUUAGGCCUAAAACUAGACCUUUUCAAAUUUUGAAGUUAUGUUUAGAAAACAUAGCAGAUUAAGAUUUAUCUAUUCUUUGACUUUUGAUUGAUCUAAACGUUGAGUUUUAGCGCUUGUUAUGUGAUAUUACACUUGAUAACCCGGAAAUUCGCAAAGUAUUUUUUCGUCUGAUAAUAUUGAAAUUAAUAUGAGUAAAAUUAAUUUUUUAACGAUUUUAUAUAAUUUUUCAUUUCCAGGCGAAGAAUGAACUCCUCUAACGAAGGCGGCGAUGUUGUGAAAGACAGGAGGAUUCGAUCCGUCUCCGAAUCCUUCGACAUUGCCAUAUGUUUUACUGAGGAAACUAACGGCUACAUGCAGGAACAGCGACGGAAAAUCUAUGAGAAUUUUACUUCGACCAAAGACUUUCGAGAAAAGGUGGAUGUCUAUGACAUUACCUUCACCAAGAUGUUUGAUAACGAGAAGGAGAGCACGUGUUUGACCUAUGCGAAGAUGAUUGACUUGGUAAUAUGGUUCCACAGACUUCACGAUUCGGAUCUGAUUCAGAAGGUCGAGUACAAUGAUCUGAACUUGAUGUACAAUCAAUGUGUGAUGGCGUUUACCAGGGUGGUGGAGAAGAUUGAUGCAAAGGAGCGGCAACAGGCUUCGAAAAGGAUCUGUGAUGCUGCUUGGUUGGUAAGAUUUUUGUGUUUAUUUAUUUUACGUUUGAAGUUUGCGUUUUGGGGCAAAAGGUGGCAGUAAUAAGAUUUUUAAGGGGAAAGUGACCAAAAAUACUAUUUUUUAUAGAAAAACAUACCUAAAAUAUUAUUUUUUGAAGUAAAAUAGCUUUAAAAGUUAUUUUUCUAAAUCAUUAUGAAUUUUUUUAGGAAACCUUUUUGUACUGUCUUCUUCGUUCAAAAUGGUAUAACAUGUACAGGAUUGCAUUUGAUUUUCAAGAUUUUAACGAUGAAUUCAACAGAUUCCUCGGGGUAAGUUCGGCUUUUUAUUUUUUUUAUAUCUUUAGGUUGUAUAUUGAAGUAGAAACUAACGAAUUAAUAGAAAUUUUUGACUGUUUUUAGGUAACAGAUUUAGAAAAUAUUGUUUUUGCUUUUAAAAACUUAUUUUUAGGUAACCAAUGUGACACAUUGGCUUUUUAUUUUUAAAAUUUGAUUUUAGGUAAUAAAGAAAAUAAAAUAUGAUGUUUCAGGGUCAAAAACAGAUUUUAGGCAACAGUGUAAAGCUAUAAAUGAUUUUUUGGGUAACGAAUUUUUGAUAAAUUGGUUUUGAUAAGAAAAAGUUGUUUUAGGCAACUAGAACGUUUUACAGACGAGGAGCAGAUGCUUUGAGGUGGAUCAUGGAGCUAAAGUUAUAUUCUCGACAUCGGCCAGAGAGGGUAAGUUAAUAUCAGUCUUUUAAAAUUUGAUUUUUUAGGAAAAAUCAUUUUAUUUUAACAUUUUUUGUUUGAAGUUAUGUUUUAUAUUUUAUUUGAGUUUUUAUGUUGUUUUUGACAAGAUUUUUGGAUUUAUUUACUCAUAUGAUAACAAGCUUAAUGAGUACGAACAACUAAUGGUCACCUUUUCAGCUGGUCACGAUGGCUCUCAAAGAGAACAUGCUGAUCAACCUUCAACAUUAUUAUGAAGCCGAGUCCUCUUCGAACGAUCAGCUACGCAAAGAUGUUGAGAAUAUGGUACUGUUUCUCGACAUCACAGUAGCCAAAGGUCGUCGAGCUCAUCUGGACAAUGCCUGGUUUCAUACCGGCUUUGAUUCGGUUCAAAAAGACUGUGCUGACAUGUUGUUGGAGAAGAUCCGAGAGAACACUCUAACUCGUACUGUAUUUCAGUGGUGCAAAACCUUCAAUCUCGACCAGGAUUACUGUAAAUUCUCGUUGUUCGUACGGAAAUUGUCGUCUUUCUUCACGAUUGUUGUUGAAUAUAGAAAGAAAAUGGAGAUGGAAAGUGAAGAUGAUGACAAUCACUUUGAUAUUUUUGCUCAACAAGUCAAACAUCUACUCAAGGAUUGUCCGUUGAUGAGGUAUGCUGCUCUACAGUAUCUGGCUCCGCAUUCUGUUGGCGACGCUAUGUUCUUUGCUUUGUAUUUGAACAUACCUCGAGGGGAUUGGCCUAAAAACUUGAAGGAAACGGCAACGGAUCAUCUGUGGCGAGAUAUGACGGAUUUGAUCGUGGAGUAGUAGGUUUUUAAUUUUUUUUGAUUUUCAAAUUUUUAAAUUUUUUUUGAAAAAAUAAAAAAAUAUUUUCAGUAACAAAAAGAUUCACGAAGAAAAUAUGGCUCUAAAAGAUGGUUUCUACAUGAACUCGGAUCACAGAGUAAUGAUGAUCGACACGGAAGAAAAGCUGGAGAAGUUAAAAUCAUUUAUGGAUGAAAACAAAACCUUGGGAUUUGAUGCGGAAUGGGAUCAGAGCUACAAUGCUGAACAGGGAAUGUAAGUUUUAGUGGUUUUGAAGGAGAUAAUGAGUUAGAAAUGGCAUUUUUGGCAAAACUAUGGGGUUAGAAACGGCAAAUAUUAUUUUCAUAUAAAAAUAUCAUUUACAUCUUUUUCAGAUUAGGAAUAAUUCAAUUAUCAUCAAAACACGAGACGCUACUGGUCGAUAUCGAAGCCUUUCGCCAUAUCAACCGAGAUUCUCCGAAAUGGGUCGAACUUUUUCAAAUUAUUUUCGGAUCAGGGAACAAAAUCUUUGGUUUCGCUUACGAAAGUGAUUUGAAAACAGUUGUACAUAACUUUCCGGACGUGGAAACUAUUAUCAAUGAUAACAUACAGAACCUGGUGUGCAUAAGAAAUGCAAUGAUAGCCAUCUCUGCGAAUCAAAAUGCUAUCGAUGCACUGUUUGAAAGUAAGUUGGGGUUUUGGUAUAUUUUUUAUUUUUGAUGCUAUAAAUUGUACUGGUGGUACUAAAACGAGUACCAUUCGAUUUCCGAACUGAAUUUUUUGAUUUUAGGUAACAUUUUUUGAAAUAUAAAAGUUUCUGAAAAAACAUUAUUUUUUGUGGUAAAAAUGGUACCAGUGGUACCAAAAAGAGUACUAAUGUGUUUUGGGGGAGGGGGGAGGCUGUUUGAAGUUAUUUUUAGUUAAUAUUUCUUGAAAUUUAAUUUCUUUAAAAAAAUUUUUAACCUAAAAAUUGUACCAGUAGUACUAAAAUGACUAGUAAUUUGUUUUAUAGCAAUUUUAGAUCAUUUUUAGGUAACAGUAUUUGAAAUUUUAAUACGUCAUAUUUUUAAGGGCUACCAGAGCGCCAAAACCUACAAACCUUAACAGUAGAGUUGCUUGGUUGGGAAAUGGAGAAGGUAGAACAGUCGAGUGUAUGGUCAGAACGGCCAUUAAGACGGAAUCAGCAGAUGUAUGCGGCCAGAGAUUCUUUGGCUUGUCUUUUGAUUGGAGAGAAAUUUGAGGAAAAGUUGGCGUAAGUUGAUUACUCGUACUUUUAUGGUACUAGUAGUACCAAAUUUGUUUUGAAGUACUUGUAUUACUAUAUUUACUUUUUAAAUUUUUAGUAGUACUAACUUGGUUAUUAAAGUACUAGAUUUACCAAAUUUAGUGUUAGUGAUGCUGGAUGUACAAAAAAGUCUGUUCAUGGUACUACUACUACUGAAAGCAACUUUUAAUGUUACUUUUUGAAUAAGAGUUGUUUAUAGUACUAGUUGUACUAGAUUUGCAGUUAUUAGUACCAGUUGUACUAACUUUUUUUGCUUUUAUUACUAAUCGUACUAGAUUUCUGUUUCUAGUAUCAAUUGUACUAUCUUUUCUAUUUCUAGUACCAGUUGUACCAACAGCACCAAAAACUUACUAGAGGCAUUAGAGUCGCUCAGUUUGACUACUUUUUGAUUUGCGGAAAAAUUUUAAAAAAUUAUAUUUUUAGACCAGUGAUAAGAGACCUGACAGAGAUAUUCCAGCCUUUAAAGGUAUCCUUUCACCCAGAGCAGCGAAGAGAAAAGAGAAGCGAAGGCAAGAAGUACGACGCUCUAUUGGCCGAAAACAAGACCGAAAGCGGAAAGAAGACAAAGUCUAAUCAUUUCACGAAAGAGGAGUUGAUCAGCUUGAUUAAUGUGAGAUAUUUUUUGAUAUUUGAGAAGUGGUACUAAUGGUACUGUUUUAAAAAAAUUAGUUUGAAAUGGGUAAAGAUCAACAGUUUUUAGAGAUUUGUUACUUAAAAAUUUGGUUUUAGUUUUUUUCAAGAUCUUUUUGGUACUAAUCGCUUACAACUCACCAUUUUAGUACUACUGGUACUGCUUUUUUAUAAAAAGCAUUUUUAAAGUUGAAAGUUUAAAUUUGAAAAACUAUUACCUAAAAAUAUUUUUUUUUGUAUAAAAGUCACUUUUUUGGUACUACUGGUACUGUUUUUUCAAAAAUUUGAUUUUUUUUAUGGUAACGGUCUUUAUUUUUAUACAAAUCAAAAAACCAUAAUUAUGCCAUUUCAGACAAUAAACAAAGACCUAAAGUCAAGGAUUCCGGAGACAGAACUGAACAAUCCAGAGGGCCUAAAGUUCUGUGCCGAUCCAAUGUGUUCGCAGAUUUCUCAAGUCCUCAGGCGAUGUGGCAUAAGUGUGAAAAGUGAUGAAUACGAAAAGAAUUAUGCUAGAUUAGAGUACGACCCAUCAGUGAAGGUGCUCACUACUGGAAAGUUUGUGGCAAAGGUAAGAGUUUUUGAAAUUUAAAGUCAAUUUAAGUUUAUUUUUACUUCAAAUUUACCAAAACUUACUUUCCAGUACCCGCCAGACCAAGUGGUCGACCUCCCAGCUUCAGUCGCAACCCUCGACAAGCAGCUAGCCACCUUUAUGGAGUCGCAAAAGCUGAUCAUCGACACAACCAACAUGAUCCCACGAUGUUGCAAAUGCAAUUCGAACUCACUAUGCUUUGUUCCAACUCCAGUGAUAAGGUACCUUCAUGCAACGUAUGCCAUUGCCAAUAUGCACAAAAUGUCACAUUGUUCGUACUCGUUGGAGGACAUGAAUGAGUACCACGAACUAUGCAAAACAAUCCGGACUCGAAGCCCCGUAGGCAUAGUGUUUUGUGUCUUCACACCGAGCAGGAUGGUUUAUGUGUGUUCGGCCGCGCAGAUCGAUAUGAAGUAAGGGGUUUGGGUUGAUAAGGGUUUUUUUCAAUUGAUGGUAGGGUGUUUUUAAGGAAUGAGGGUGUUUUUUAUGAGGUGAACUAAAAUUUUUUAAAUUUUGUGUUUUUUUCAGAAAGCUGACAAUCACAAAAACUCUUGAUUUCUUGCCGAUUGUAUUGGAAAAACGAGAAAAACCGGAAGUCAACGAAUCGGGCGAAGCCUUGGACGAGCUCCCAACCGUCAGCCGAGUUCAAAUCUCAUUGGCCACUCACCUCAACUACAAAGAACUGGACAUUCCGCCAGGCACGAUGCACGCCAUUUGUGCACAUUGUGGCAAAGAGAACGUCGAAGCGGUGCUACAUCCAACGAAGAAUUAG